UGACACAAUCUAAAACACUUACACAUUUUGAAUUAGUUUAUGCAAAAUUCUAUAUUAAUGAUAUGGAAAAUUCAGACGCAAAAAAAUCUAUAAAUGCAUUUCAAGCCUUAUCAAAUUGCACAAAUCUUGAAUCACUUGUCAUUAGUAGUUGUUUGUUUUCAAGCGAUAUAAUCUUACGACCUUUAACAACAGUAAAGUUCCCGAAAAUGAAAAGAUUGCAUUUUAAAUCUUUAUUAUGCAAUGUUAGCACAAUUUUUAUCGCAAUGAUAAAGGCAAAUUCAACAUCGUUACAAGAUUUGUGGUAUAGUGAUAAAGUUGCUAGGAAUUUAACACUUCCAAUUCUAGAUGUAGUAGUAAAUCAUUUACAGAGCAUCACGACUUUAAAACGGUUAAUAAUUCCAUUCAAGAGCGAACAAUUACCACAACUUUCUUUAUUAUUAUCAGUUUGUAAAAAUUUAACAACUUUGAAAUUGAUUGGCCCUUAUGGUCAAGAACGCGAAUUUAAAGAAUAUUUACCAGAGUUAGCGGAGGGAUUACCAUUGUCGAUGAAACAUUUGAGUAUUGAUUUAAAUUGGGUAGUAUUGACAACCCUGGAAGAGUUUUUUGAAAACUGUAAAGCUGAUUUGGAUGCAUUUUAUAUUGGAGGUUGGAAAAGACAGAUGCCGGACCCUCACAUUAAAUUGAUAGAACAAUAUUUAAAAAAGAAAGGGAAAGAAAUAGAUAUUUUUAAAUUUUUGAAGGAUGUUCAUAGAUAA